UCACUGACAUCACCACUGCUCGUUUUCCUCAGUUCUUCUUCUUCUUCCUUUUCCUUUUUUCUCUCUAUAUUUCUUCUUCUUCAUAGUCUCUCUCUCUCUCUUGUUCGCUCUGGUUUUUCUUGAGAGUUUUGACGAGAGAGAGAGAGAUAUCAGUAAUGGCGGCACUUAGCAAAUGGCCUUCUCUGUCUCUCUUUGCCCUUGCAUUGGUGUUCUUCGUAACAAUCGCUCUGGUUCGCAAAGAAAAGACCUCUGAAAUUAGGACUGUGUUAGCGACGGAGUUUCAGAGCUCUAGCAACUCAUUAAUGGCGACUAGGGUGAAGAAUGAUGAUGUGGAGCAAGAACUCAACAAUGAACAUGCUGUGGAUAAUCCUGACGAGAUUGCUGCCUCUGUUGAGAUGAGUAUCCGUAAUAGCACUGAAAGGAGGAAGUUGGGAUACUUCUCCUGUGGAACAGGCAAUCCCAUUGAUGACUGCUGGCGUUGUGACUCCAACUGGCACCGUAACCGUAAGCGUCUUGCAGAAUGUGGCAUCGGGUUUGGUCGGAAUGCUAUUGGUGGACGUGAUGGUCGUUUCUAUGUUGUCACUGAUUCGAGUGACCACGAUCCGGUGAACCCAAAGCCAGGGACUCUUCGUCAUGCUGUCAUUCAAGAGAAACCUCUUUGGAUUGUGUUCAAAAGGGACAUGGUGAUUCAAUUGAAACAGGAACUUAUCAUGAACAGUUUUAAGACAAUUGAUGCUCGAGGGGUAAAUGUACACAUUGCCAAUGGCGCUUGUAUCACAAUCCAGUUUGUGACUAACAUCAUUAUCCAUGGUCUUCACAUCCAUGAUUGCAAGCCCACAGGGAAUGCCAUGGUGAGAAGCUCAACAACUCAUUUUGGGUGGAGAACCAUGGCUGAUGGAGAUGCCAUUUCCAUCUUUGGAUCAAGCCAUAUAUGGAUUGAUCACAAUUCACUCUCUAAUUGUGCUGACGGACUCGUUGAUGCUGUCAUGGGCUCAACUGCAAUCACAAUCUCCAACAAUCACUUCACUCACCACAAUGAGGUGAUGCUUCUAGGCCAUAGUGAUUCCUACACAAAGGACAAGCAAAUGCAAGUCACCAUUGCUUAUAACCAUUUUGGAGAGGGACUCAUUCAAAGAAUGCCAAGAUGUAGGCAUGGCUAUUUCCAUGUGGUGAACAAUGACUACACUCACUGGGAGAUGUAUGCCAUUGGUGGGAGUGCAAACCCCACCAUCAAUAGUCAAGGCAACAGAUAUGCAGCUCCAACCAACCCCUUUGCCAAAGAGGUGACAAAGCGAGUCGAAACGCCAGAGAGCGAAUGGAAGGGUUGGAAUUGGAGAUCAGAAGGAGAUAUGUUGCUGAAUGGUGCUUAUUUCACUCCAUCAGGUGCUGGAGCUUCAGCAAGCUAUGCCAGAGCCUCCAGCUUAGGAGCCAAAUCUGCUUCCAUGGUUGGAUCCAUCACUUCUUCUGCAGGUUCGCUCCCUUGCCGCCGAGGCCAUCCCUGCUAAGACUUGUCCACGUGUCCUCCAUUUUAACUUCAAACAUCAAAUGUUAAAAGCCUUUCCUCUUCCUGUUUGAUUUCCAUCAUAUCUCCCUUGUCCCUUCAUUUAUAAUAGCCAUUUAACAAAGUACACAUUUUUUUUCCUUUCAAACUUGUUUUUAAAACCUUCAUUCCUUCCACCAUUGUUGUGUUCAAUCUGUUGGUUGCUCAACCUCGGCCUGCUUCAGCUGAAAAGAAAAUGCCAUAUUAGGGGCAGGUGCAGAAGCGUUGUCCUUGUUGUUUUUCUUCUUUUUUUUGGGUCUGUUUUUGUUUACCAUCAAGUUAACCCAUCUUUCCAUCUCUACCACAGUCGUUUUGUGAUACAAUAUUGUUGGUCAUUACUCAUUACAACACUAUGUUUUACAUUUACUCUGGGUUUUGUAAUUGUUUUUUUUUUUUUUUCCCCCUUUUUGAGUCCAUGAGAGACAGCUUAAAGAAGAUUAUAAAAGUUAAAAAGGAAAGUAGUGAUGUUGUUAUUGUUUUUGUCAGAUUUAUUGUCCUUUUGUAUUUAUUUUUCUUCUCUUUUUACUUAGUGGGAAAUGUUAAGUUUUGGUUACAGUUGGUUUGUUCA